CAGUUUAGUACAACAGCACCACCAUUGACCAAUUUUCAUAAGGAAGGAAUCUCCAAAAUUCCCUUUUCUUCUCAAAGUAUAACACAUCUUAUAAAGGCAGAUUCUAAUGCAGAUUACUACCUGAAAACUUUUGAUACUUCUGUUCAUAUCUCAUACCUCAUACCUUACAUCUCGCUCCUUCCAUUAAUUCUCUCCCACCUACAUAUUGGCAUUUUGGUGGAGCGGUUGUAUCCUUGUCAGAAUAAAACACUGUCUGUAACUUUUUUACAAUACACAUCGAGUCCCUUCCCUCCUGCUCUUCAUUGAGUUCCUGGAGUCCUGAGAAAAUUGUAAGUACCAUCUAAUAAUCUAAUAUUUUACGCAGUAGUCUGAAAUUGCAAGGUUUUCUGAGAGCCCUUUACUGAUUUCUGUAAAACUUGCUAGAGACAAAUUCAUCACUUCUACACAAUCUACCACUAGCCAUCAUGUACGGUACUGCUACCGGCCCUCAAACGGGCGUCUCAACACCACGAUCUUCAUCAUCUCUGCGACCACUCGUCCUCUCACAUGGCUCAUUAGAGCAUUCAUUUUUGAUACCCACAAAUAUUCAUUUUCAAGCCUCCCAGAUCAAAGACCGUUUUCUUGCAUCUCUUCCUGAGCCCACAGACGAACUCGCACAGGAUGACGAACCUUCAUCCGUGGCUGAACUUGUUGCCAGGUAUCUCGGAUUUGUAGCGCAAGAAGUCGACGAGGGAGAGGAUGAUGCGCAAGGAUCAUAUGAAGAAGUCUUGAAACUCGUCCUGAACGAAUUCGAACGUGGCUUCUUGAGAGGCAAUGAAGCUCACGCUUUGGUUGCUACGCUUCCUGGAAUUGAUGCAAAGAAACUCAAAGUGGUCGAGUCCUACUACGCUGCGCGUGCGGCUAGUAACAGGCCCAUCCGUCCUCACGAAUCAGCAUUGUUUAGAGCAGCCAGCGACGAGGAAGCCAAGAUUUAUAAUAUUUUUGGUGGACAAGGAAAUAUCGAGGAAUACUUUGAUGAGCUUCGAGAAUUGUACAACACAUAUGCAGUCUUUGUGGAGGAUUUGAUCACUGAAUCUGCUGAAUUGUUGCAGAGUCUGUCAAAAGACCCUAGAGCCGAGAAAUUAUACCCAAAGGGCUUGGACGUCAUGGCCUGGCUUCAUGAUCCCGAGUCAACUCCAGAUAUCGACUAUUUGGUUUCGGCGCCAGUCAGUUUCCCAUUGAUUGGGUUGGUUCAGCUUUGUCAUUAUGCUGUAACCUGCAGAGUUCUAGGGCUCACCCCUGGGCAAUUCAGGGAAAGGAUUAGCGGAGCAACUGGUCAUUCUCAAGGUAUUGUUUUAGCCGCUGCUACUGCUGCUGCGGACUCUUGGGAAUCGUUCGACAAAGUCGCAGUUUCAGCACUUACAAUUUUGUUCUGGAUUGGAUCCAGAAGUCAACAGACAUUCCCGAGAACUUCCCUGGCACCCAAUAUCCUCCAGGAUUCCGUGGAUCAUGGUGAAGGGACACCCACGCCUAUGUUGAGCAUUCGCGACUUAUCACAGGCUCAGGUCCAGGAACAUAUCGACAAGACCAACAAAUAUCUUCCAGAAGAUAGACAAAUUGCCAUUUCUCUCAUUAAUAGUGCUAGAAAUAUGGUUGUUUCAGGACCUCCAAUUUCCUUGUACGGUCUCAACCUUCAACUGCGUAAAGUCAAGGCUCCAACCGGCCUCGACCAAACUCGAAUCCCAUUCACAGAGCGCAAAGUUAGAUUUGUAAAUAGAUUCUUGCCAAUCACAUCUCCUUUCCACAGCAAAUAUCUAGCCGAGGCCACAACUCACAUCAAUGAAGACCUAAAGGAUGUCGCGAUUGAGAGCAAAACAUUGGGUAUUCCCGUUUAUGACACCAACACUGGAAAGGACAUUCGGGAUGACAUUCAGGGCGAUAUCGUGCCAGCUUUGGUGCGCUUGAUUACCCACGACACAGUCGAAUGGGAAAAGGCCACAGUUUUCCCAAAUGCAACUCACGUCCUUGAUUUUGGUCCUGGUGGUGUGUCUGGCCUCGGUGUUUUGACCAGCCGGAACAAGGACGGAACGGGUGUUCGGGUUAUCUUGGCUGGUGCAGUCAGUGGUACGGUUCCCGAGGUCGGUUACAAACCUGAGCUUUUCGACCGUGAUGAAGAACAUGCAGUCAAGUAUGCCGUUGAUUGGGUAAAGGAGCACGGUCCAAAAUUGGUCAAGACCUCAAGUGGUCAGACAUUCGUGGACACAAAGAUGAGUCGAAUCUUGGGAGUACCCCCUGUCAUGGUUGCUGGUAUGACACCAUGCACUGUUCCUUGGGAUUUCGUGGCUGCAACGAUGAACGCAGGGUACCAAAUUGAGCUGGCUGGAGGUGGAUAUUACAAUGCCAAGACUAUGACCGAAGCAUUGAGGAACAUUGAGAAUGCCAUUCCAGCUGGUCGUGGUAUUAGCAUUAACCUUAUUUACAUUAACCCACGUGCUAUGCAAUGGCAAAUUCCACUCCUUGGACAGCUGCGUGCAGAAGGUGUACCAAUCGAGGGUCUAACAAUUGGUGCUGGUGUACCAUCCGUUGAAGUUGCUCAGGAAUACAUUGAAACCCUUGGCUUAAAACAUAUUUCAUUCAAGCCAGGAUCCAUGGAAGCCAUUCAAGCUGUUAUCAACAUCGCACAUGCCAACCCUACUUUCCCGGUGAUUGUUCAAUGGACUGGAGGACGUGGAGGUGGGCAUCACUCCUUUGAGGAUUUCCAUCAACCAAUUCUUUCGAUGUACUCACGUAUCCGGAGACAAGAGAAUAUUCUUUUGGUCGCGGGCAGUGGCUUCGGUGGCGCAGAAGAUACUUAUCCUUACCUCACUGGUGAAUGGUCAAAGAACUAUGGCUAUCCACCAAUGCCAUUUGAUGGAUGUCUCUUUGGUAGUCGUGUCAUGACAGCUAAGGAAGCACAUACUAGCAAAAACGCUAAGAAAGCCAUCAUUGAAGCUGAAGGCCUUGAUGAUGUCGCAUGGGAGAAGACGUACAAGGGUCCUGCCGGUGGUGUUAUCACUGUUCGAUCCGAGAUGGGUGAGCCAAUUCACAAAUUGGCGACUCGCGGUGUCAAGUUCUGGGCUGAGAUGGAUGCAAAGAUUUUCAGUUUACCAAAGGAGAAGCGAGUACCUGAAUUAAAGAAGAACCGCGAUUACAUCAUCAGGAAGUUGAACGAUGAUUUCCAAAAGGUGUGGUUUGGACGAAACAAAGCCGGAGAAACCGUCGAUCUUGAGGAUAUGACAUAUGGCGAAGUUGUUCGUAGAAUGGUGGAUUUGAUGUAUGUCAAGCACGAGUCUCGCUGGAUCGACAAAUCAUACAUUAAGCUCACUGGCGACUUCAUCCGCCGUGUUGAGGAACGUUUCACAACUGGUCAAGGAAAGCCAUCCAUGCUUCAAAGCUACACAGAUUUGGAAGAUCCAUACCCAACUGUGGAAAAGGUCCUAGCUGCUUACCCAGAGUCUGAGAAACAGCUUAUCAAUGCCCAAGAUGUGCAACACUUCCUCAUGCUUUGCCAACGUAGAGGUCAGAAGCCAACUACCUUUGUGCCAUCGCUUGAUGAAAACUUUGAAUUUUUCUUCAAGAAGGAUUCUCUUUGGCAAUCCGAGGAUCUUGAGGCUGUCAUCGGGCAAGAUGUCGGCAGAACCUGUAUCUUGCAAGGACCAAUGGCCGUCAAAUACUCGAAGGUUGUUGAUGAGCCAAUCAAGGAAAUCCUUGACGGUGUUCAUAACUCACACAUCAAGUAUUUGACUCGAGAUAUCUAUGGUGGAGAUGAAGCCUCCAUCCCAGUGCUUGAAUACUUCGGCGGUAAGCUCAUUGAGACUGAGGAAGAGGUCGACGUUGAGGGUCUCACAAUUUCGGAAGAUGCCGAGAAGACCACUUACCGAUUGUCAAACUCCCCCACGGCUGUUCUUCCAUCUCUCGAGGCUUGGCUCUCAUUGCUCGCAGGCCGCAAGAGAUCUUGGCGACAUGCUCUCUUCACUUCGGAGGUAUUUGUCCAAGGACAAAAAUUCCAAACAAAUCCAAUGAAGCGAAUCUUUUCUCCUGUGAAAGGCCUAUUUGUUGAGAUCACUCAUCCUAAUGAUCCUUCAAAGACUGUAAUCACCGUCAAGGAGCAACCCAGACCGAACCACUACCUUACUGUUAUUGAUGUGAAAUUGGUUGGCAAGAACGAGAUCUCGGUCAACAUGAUCAAGGAAACCACUGCAGUUGGAAAACCGGUACCCCUUCCAUUAAAGUUCACGUACCACCCCGAGGCUGGUUACGCUCCAAUACGCGAAGUCAUGGGUGAUAGAAAUGACCGUAUCAAGGAAUUUUACUGGAGAGCCUGGUUUGGUGAUGAGACUCUUGACCUCGACGCCUCAGUCACUGGCAUCUUCAACGGUGGUAAGGCUACCAUCACCAGUGAAGCUAUCAAUGACUUCGUUCAUGCUGUCGGCAACACUGGGGAAGCUUUUGUUGAUCGACCUGGUAAGGAGGUCUUCGCUCCUAUGGAUUUCGCUAUUGUCGUUGGAUGGAAAGCCAUCACUAAGCCGAUCUUCCCUAGAACAAUUGACGGUGAUCUUCUCAAGCUUGUGCAUCUUUCUAACGGGUUCCGCAUGAUUCCUGGAGCCGAGCCACUGAAGAAGGGUGAUGAAGUUGAGACUACAGCUCAGAUCAAUGCUGUUCUCAAUCAAGAUUCCGGUAAAAUGGUCGAGGUAUGCGGUACCAUCACCAGAGAGGGACGUCCAGUAAUGGAGGUUACUUCACAAUUCUUGUACAGAGGUGCAUAUACCGAUUUUGAGAACACCUUCCAGCGUAAAAUUGAGACACCUAUGCAAAUUCAUCUCGCUACCUCGAAGGACGUCGCCGUUUUGAGAUCUAAGGAGUGGUUCAACUUGGACGAGCCAGGUCACGAGUUACUUGGCCAAACCUUGACUUUCCGUCUUGAAAGUCUUGUCCGCUUCAAGAACAAGACCGUUUUCUCAAAUGUUGAGACUAGUGGUCAAGUUCUGUUGGAGCUUCCAACCAAGGAGAUUAUCCAAGUUGCAAGUGUCCAGUACGGUGCUGGUGUUUCACACGGUAACCCUGUCAUUGAUUACCUUGAACGCCAUGGGUCUUCUAUUGAACAACCCAUCAAUUUUGAGAACCCCAUCCCUCUGAAUGGCAAAACUCCACUCUCUAUCAGAGCACCAACAUCCAACGAGACGUACGCCCGUGUUUCGGGUGAUUAUAAUCCUAUUCACGUUUCUCGUGUCUUCUCUAGCUACGCAAACUUGCCUGGUACUAUCACUCAUGGUAUGUACUCUAGCGCAGCUGUCCGUAGCUUGGUUGAGACUUGGGCUGCAGAGAACCAUGUUGGCCGUGUUCGCAGCUUCCAUGCUCAAUUGACUGGUAUGGUUCUUCCAAACGAUGACAUCGAAGUUAAGUUACAGCAUGUCGGUAUGGUUGCUGGUCGUAAGAUCAUCAAGGUUGAAGCUAGCAACAAGGAGACUGAAGACAAGGUCUUACUUGGAGAGGCCGAGGUCGAACAACCAGUCUCAGCAUACGUCUUUACUGGUCAAGGUUCUCAAGAGCAAGGUAUGGGUAUGGAGUUGUAUGCUAGCAGCCCUGUUGCCAAGGAAGUGUGGGACCGUGCUGAUAAGCACUUCAUGGACAACUAUGGUAAGUUUCUCAGGCUACUCCUUUCAUUAUCAUUUCUAAUAGUAUUAGGUUUCGCCAUCACCAAUAUUGUCAAGAACAAUCCUAAAGAACUUACUAUUCACUUUGGUGGCCCUCGUGGUAAGGCGAUCCGCCAAAACUAUAUGUCUAUGACUUUCGAAACUGUUGGUGCCGAUGGUUCUAUCAAAUCCGAGAAGAUGUUCAAAGAAGUCGACGAACGCACAACAUCCUAUACCUACAGAUCACCAACUGGUCUUCUUUCCGCCACUCAAUUCACACAACCUGCCUUGACAUUGAUGGAGAAAGCAAGUUUCGAGGAUAUGCGCUCCAAGGGUCUUGUCCAACGUGACAGCAGUUUCGCAGGUCACUCACUUGGAGAGUACUCUGCUCUUGCUGCUUUGGCAGAUGUCAUGCCAAUUGAAAGUUUAGUCUCUGUCGUUUUCUAUAGAGGCUUGACUAUGCAAGUAGCUGUCGAGCGUGAUGCUUCUGGACGAUCUAAUUACUCCAUGUGCGCUGUCAACCCUAGCAGAAUUUCCAAAACAUUCAACGAAGAGGCUCUUCAAUAUGUUGUUGCAAACAUUGCCGAAGAAACUAGCUGGUUAUUGGAAAUUGUCAACUACAACAUUGCCAACAUGCAAUACGUAUGCGCUGGUGAUCUUCGAGCUCUUGAUACCCUCACUGGUGUCACCAACUACUUGAAAGCCCAAAGAAUCGAUAUCCAAGAGCUCAUGCAAACUUUGAGUCUGGAUGAUGUCAAAGCACAUCUUGUGGAAAUCAUCCGCGAAUGUGCCAAACAAACCGAAGCCAAGCCCAAACCCCUCGAUCUUCAAAGAGGGUUCGCUACAAUCCCUCUCAAGGGUAUUGAUGUACCUUUCCACUCGACAUUCUUGAGAAGUGGUGUCAAACCAUUCAGAAGUUUCUUGCUUAAGAAAAUUAAUAAGACAACUAUCGAUCCUAGCAAGUUGAUUGGAAAAUACAUUCCUAACGUUACUGCUAGACCUUUCGAAUUGACUAAGGAAUACUUUGAAGAUGUUUAUCGUCUGACUAAUAGUCCAAAAAUCGGAAAUGUAUUGGCAAAUUGGCAUAAAUAUCAAGAUGGGUAUGAAGAGUCUAGUGGUGAUGAAAUGGAGGUUGAGGCAAAUGGUGUUAAUGGUACGCACUAGAUGGGAUUGGGAUUAGAUGGAAGAGAGAAACAAAGAGGUGAGAUGAUAUGAUGGACGGAUGGGUGUUGAUUCAAGCUUUAUUUUGCGGGCGUCGGGGAUUCUAUAAACACGCAUAUGCUUGCAUGAUAGAUGGAAAAUGAAUCAUCUCACUUAGAUUAGAUGAUAAAUGGAUCGAUCGAUCGUUCGUGGUUUAGCAGGUUAGGUGGUAGUUAGUUUAUGAUUAUAGCACUUGUAAUUUUUUUGUUGUUACGUUUCGGU